AUGGCUCGUGGCCACUGGGCAAUCCUGGCAGUGGCCCUGCUGCUCGCCCCUGGGGCCCUGGGCGCGUCCCUCAAGGCCGGCGGCCUGACUACCUCUGACCGCCGCGCCCUGGGCGAGAAGGCCGCCAAUGCACCGCCCGUCUUGCAGUUCGGCGACAUGACCCUGGUUGGCGGCCGCGUCCCCACCAUCAAUGUGGGCGGCCAAUCAAGCGUGUACGGCAACCUCAACAGCCGCCACAGCGGCGGCAUCACCCUCAGCGGCGGUGCCCUGGGCCCCUUCCAGAACGAGGGCGGCGACGUGUCUAUCGACCAGUGGAGCAGGCGCCGCCUGGGCGAGCAGGCCGCCGCCUCUGCCGACGCCAACAUCUUUGCCACUGGCGGGCGCACGGCUGGCUUUGCCCCCUCCGACCGCGCCCCCAUCACCAACUAUGGCGGCAGCACCUCCUUCACCAGCGCCGGCGUGGGCUUCAACGGCGGCACCACCACCAGCUUUGACAACUUCCGCAACCCCGUCAUCAACCAGGGCGGCAUGGGCCGGAUCUUCCGCCGCCUGGGCGAGCAGGCCGCCGCCUCUGCCAACGCCAACAUCUUUGCCACUGGCGGCCUCACGGCCGGCUUUGCCCCCUCCGACCGCGCCCCCAUCACCAACUAUGGCGGCAGCACCUCCUUCACCAGCGCCGGCGUGGGCUUCAACGGCGGCACCACCACCAGCUUUGACAACUUUGGCAACCCUGUCACUAAUGACGGGGGCAUGGGCCAGAUCUUCUGA